GUGAGAAGUACACAAACAAUAACUCGUCACGAAACGAAGCGAAGAAAUCCAAAUCUAACACGUUUCAUCUCUGAAUGUAAAAAAGCCGCGCCACAUCAACAUGAAGAAGAAGAAGACGACGAUGAGGUCUCAGGUCUCAGACGAGUGUUGUGCUCUCUGCAGGCUCAGUGAUGAUGACCCGGCCAUGUUUGGGGAGAAAGUGACUCUCAAAGAGCACAAACUCUCCGUCCACUACUUCUGUUUGCUGACAUCUUGUGGAGUUUACCAGCGAGGAGAAGAGGACGAGGGCGUCUUCGGUUUCCUGGUGGACGACAUCAAACAGGAGAUCCGCCGCUCGGCUCGACUGAUGUGCAGCGGCUGUAAGCAGAAGGGAGCGUGUGUCGGCUGUAACGUCAGAAGCUGCAGGAGGACGGUUCACUUCCCCUGUGGGAGGAAACGCAGCUUCAUCUCUCAGUUUACGGGACUCUUCCCGUCUUACUGUCCAGACCACAGUCCUACUCAGUCUCUGUGUGGUGGUCUAGACCUCAGUCUGCCUCAGACCUGCUCCGUCUGUCUGGACCCCAUCGAUCCGGUCCUGAGCUACUCCGUCCUCAAAUGUCCGUCCUGCCACUCCAGCUGGUUCCACAGAGACUGUGUGCAGCGUCAGGCCCACAGCGCCGGCCUCUUCUUCUUCAGAUGUACUCUCUGUAGCAACAAGGAGAGCUUCCAGGAGGAGAUGCUGAGGAUGGGAAUCUACAUCCCAGAGAGAGAUGCAUCAUGGGAGUUGGAGACCAACGCGUACUCAGAGCUGCUGGAGGUUUACGCGCGCUGCGACGCUCUCGCCUGCCUCUGCAACAACGGGCGAACGCACUCUGCCAAGACGGGUUGGUUCGAGGUGAUUCGCUGCCGGCUCUGUGGCUCCAGAGGGAGUCACAGGAAGUGUUCUGGGUUGAAGUCGGACACCAGAGACUGGGCCUGCAGCGACUGCACACAGGCGACUGAUGGAAGAGCUUCCCUGGUUUCAUCUCCUCGGGGAGGACAGAGGAGGAGUCUGCUGUCCAAACGCCACCUGUCCCCCAUCCACUCCUCCGUCGGCUGUAAGAGGCCGGCGUUACCUGUUGGAUCCAGAUCACCUGAAGAGAUCCUGCAGGCUCUGGGCCCUCAGCUCGGUCCCCUCAGCAUGCAGGUGGAGGUGGACGGGAACCAAGCUCUGUCUGCAGGGGUGGAGCUUGUGAGGAGGCCCGACUUUGACCCCACACGCACUCUGUCCGUCCGGUUCAAAGACGACCAGCUGACUGCGUUUCCCAGCAGCCUCCGGGACAGCGACACGGCCAGGCAGUACUUCCUGAAGCUGCUGGUGCAGCAGAUCCAGAGCUCUGUGGUGUUCGAGGGUCCAGACGGAUCCAAGAACCUGGCGCUGGACUCCCAGGCUGUGAGGGAGGACCUGUACUUCGACGUGGGCUGCCUGCUGGCUCUCUCUCUGGCUCACGGUGGUCCUCCUGUGGGCUUCUUCUCCCGCGCUCUCUACCAGUGUCUCUUCAACCACCCGGCCAACCGCCCGCUCUCUCUCACGCACAUGACCCCCGACACGCACGUCACCCGCCGGGUCAGCCGGAUGGCGGAGGCGGAGUCUGUGGAUGAGCUGCAGGAAGUCAUGGCGGCGAGUUGGGAGUUCCUGGAGUUGGCCGGCUGCAACCGACCAAUCGGCAGCCUGGAGGAGAGAGAGGCUCUGGUGGAGGAUGUGGUCGGCUUCACCAUGAUCACCAGGAUGCAGCUUCCACUGCAGAGGUUUCGGGCCGGUCUGCAGACGCUGGGUGUCUUUGAUCAGGUGCAGCUCUACCCGUCGCUCUUCUGUCACGUCUUCUGCUCGGCUCGUCUGUCGGCUCAGACGCUCGCUCACAUCUUCAGCGUCCUCAUCUCCCAGCAGGAGGACAGACGCAGCAGAGAGACGCCCGUCUGCAGCUUCUGGACACGCUUCCUGCUGGACUGUGAAGUUGGGAGGAGCUCUAUCUCCUUGCAAGACCUCCUUCGUUUCUCCACAGGAGGUGAGGAGCUCCCAGCAGCCGGCCUCCUCCCUUCUCCCUCCAUCUCCUUCCUCCAUCCCGUAAGCGAGGAGGAGGAGGAGGAGGAGGAGGAGGAGGAGGAGGAGGAGGAGGAGGGAGGAGGAAGACUGAGGAUGAGGAGGGAGGAGUUGUUGAGGGACAAAGAUCUCUUCCCUCAGAGCGAGCCCGACUCCAGACGCCUCCUCCUGCCCGUCUCCUCCUCAUACGAGGCCUUCAAGAGCUCCAUGGAGCAGGCAGUCAGCCACCACAUGCACCUCCUCCUCACAGCCAGCUAGAGGAGGAGAAGGUGAAGAGUCAAAUGAUUUUAAAAAAUCUGAAACUUUGAAUUCAUGAAACAAUACAAACUUUUUUUUUUUUCUGCGAUGUGAUGUCGUGAAAUAUUCUCUGCAUCAUGUUUUGUAAAUUGAUAAAUAUCUUUUAUGUUUUAUGACUUUACAACUUUUAUCUUCGGAGUUACUUUUGAUUCUUAUAUUUUUAUUGUACAUAGUUUUAAGUUUUUAAUGAGGAACGCACCGUCAGCUGAUACAGAGAACCAAUCAGAGAGCAGCGUUUUAUUAUUGAUCUGUGUGAACAGACUGGAAUCAUUGAUCAGACUCUAACACUAUGAGAUAUAAAUAUAUAUAAAUAUAUA